AAACGGGUCUCCUGCCAGACACACUUGGGAAGCCCAGAGCAGCCUGACAAGGAUGCCGGGAAAUGGGGUCCAACCCUCACAAUGCAGACAAACCACCCACCAUCAAUGCGACGCCGUGACCUCACUCCUGAGACCACAUCGCUUCCAUGCAUUAGAUGUAUCUUCCAACCACCAUCUUGCGACACACCUUGUGUAUAAAUCAUACAAAAUAUUCAUUUUCCCUUAAAAACUGCCGACAAGGUCAAAGGAUCAAAUCCACAACAAAAGGUAAUGAAAAGGGAGAGCUGUGGACGGCAAACACACCCCACCUCAUGACUGACCAGGCUCUGGCACGCAACAGCAGCUCUGCACAAUGCUGCCAUGCGCAGAGGCUCUCUCCAAGCCCUCGGGCACUCACACAGCAGCAUAAAAGCCGGCCCUGCACCUCGCUCCCUCACACCCUUCUCCUGACACCUUCUCCUCUCUGCUCCUACAGGGACCCUCCACCCCACAGCCAUGUCCUGCUACGACCUCUGCCGCCCCUGCGGACCCACCCCGCUGGCUAACAGCUGCAACGAGCCCUGUGUCAGGCAGUGCCAGGACUCCCAAGUCGUCAUCCAGCCUUCCACCGUGGUGGUCACCCUGCCGGGACCCAUCCUCAGCUCCUUCCCCCAGAACACCGCCGUCGGAUCCUCCUCAUCAGCUGCCGUGGGCAGCGCCCUCAGCGCCCAGGGAGUGUCCAUCUCCUCCGGCGGCUUCGGCUUCGGAGGCCUGGGCUGCUUCAACGGCGGGAGAGCCCGCUACCCCUGCUAAGGGCCUGCGCCCACACCCUGACAGCAACCACCUGCACCCUGCAAGGCAAACCACGCACUCACCACGCUCCUCUGUGUCACUGAUGGCACACGGGAUCAUCAGCCAUGGCUCCUCUUUUCAUAGGAGGAUACAACCAAGCCUGGAGCAACAUCAUACCAUGCUGUUGGGAACAGGAUCACUUUAACAUCCUUCUUUCUUUGCACUUGGAACUGUGCCCUU